AUGGCUCCUUCAGCGACCAGCACCGAGUGGGAUCACCAGUACAACACUCUCCGCCGCGAGAACCUCUUCCGCAACCCCCCGAAAGAUCACACGGCCUACCCUGCCCUGCAAGAGGCCGUCAGCCCUCACAUCGACUCCUUCAAUGCCUUGUUCAGGACCGACGGUAAGAGCCUCCUCGCCCGAGGCCUAGAGGAUAUCGGUACCAAGACCUACCUCGACGGUGACGACAGGGCUGGUCUCGAAGGCAAGAACCGCUUGUCUAUUCGCAUUAAGGGCGUGUCACUGCAAAAGUCCCAGCUGCCCCCCUCCAACAAGUUUGCCAGGAAUCGCGAAAUCCUGCCUGCCGAAUGCAGAGAGCGCCACUGCACGUACCGAGGCAGGCUCUCGGCUACCUUUGAGUACAGAAUCAACGAUGGCGACCCCAAGGAGUUCGUUCGGGAGCUUGGCCAAGUGCCCAUCAUGGUCAAGAGGAAGGAGGAAUCCGAGGAACUGGGCGGCUACUUCAUCGUCAACGGUAUCGAAAAAAUCAUUCGAAUGCUGCAAGUCAACCGCAGGAACUUCCCCAUGGCGAUCAACCGACCGAGUUUCCAGAAUCGAGGCCAAGGCUACACCCCCUACGGUAUCAUUCUCCGAUCCGUCAGACCUGACGAGACAUCUCAGACCAACGUCUUGCACUACUUGAGCGACGGCAACAUGACGUUCCGCUUUUCCUGGAGGAAGAACGAGUACCUCGUGCCGGUCAUGAUGAUUCUGAAGGCGCUGGUGGAGACGAACGACCGAGAAAUCUUUGAGGGGCUCAUCGGUCUGUCCGGAUCCAAAUCGGCCAAGAACACCUUCUUGACGGAUCGCGUUGAGCUGCUUCUCCGAACCUACAAAUCUUACGGCCUUUACAGCAAAACCGAGACGAGAGCCUACCUAGGCGAGAAGUUCCGCGUGGUAUUGGGUGUGCCAGAUACCAUGUCCAACUACGAUGUUGGUACCGAGUUCCUGCGCAAGAUUGUCCUUGUGCACCUUGGCAACAUAAACGUCACUGAGAAGGAGGACAACGACAAGUUCCGGAUGCUUCUUUUCAUGAUCAGGAAGCUGUAUGCUCUUGUGGCCGGCGACUGCUCAGUCGACAACCCUGAUGCCGUUCAAAACCAGGAGGUUCUUCUGGGUGGUUUCCUCUAUGGUAUGAUCUUGAAGGAGCGCCUGGAAGAGUUCCUGACAACUGCUGUCCGUCUUUCAUUGCGAGAAUGGACCAGGAAACACCCUGCUACGCCCUUCACAUCACAAGACUUUGCCAAGGAGUUUCCUGCCAACAUCUUCAGACACGCCAACGAGAACCUCGGAAACGGACUGGAAUACUUCCUCUCUACGGGUAAUUUGACAAGUCCUUCUGGUCUCGACCUGCAGCAGACAGCCGGUUUCACUGUCGUCGCGGAAAAGCUCAAUUUCUUGCGUUUCCUUAGCCACUUCCGAAUGAUCCACAGAGGUGCCUUCUUCGCCGAGUUGAAGACGACGACAGUCAGAAAGCUUUUGCCCGAGUCUUGGGGCUUCAUGUGCCCAGUACACACCCCCGAUGGUGCUCCUUGUGGUUUGUUGAAUCAUCUGGCUCACAAAUGUAAAAUUAUGACGGAAGCCGUCGAUGCCUCCAAGAUACCCGGUCUUGUCGCAGAGCUGGGUGCCGUAGAGACAUCUUCCGCCGCAACAGACGAGAGCGUUGUCGUCAUGCUUGACGGCAGAAUUGUUGGCUUCUGCACGCCUCAAGAGUCUUUGAGAAUUGCAGACACUCUCCGAUACUGGAAGGUUGAAGGUACUCACGGUGUGCCUUUGCAACUCGAGGUUGGAUACGUUCCUCCUUCCAACGGUGGUUCUUACCCUGGUAUUUACCUGGCGUCUGCGCCCGCGCGUAUGGUCAGACCCGUCAAGUAUCUUCCCCUCGAUAAGGAGGACUUCGUUGGACCUCACGAGCAACCUUACAUGUCCAUCGCUGUCGUGGAAAAUGAGAUUGUGUCUGGAGAGUCUACUCACGUGGAAUUCACACCUACGAACAUGCUUUCUAUUCUUGCCAACAUGACGCCUUUCUCGGACUUCAACCAGUCUCCCAGAAACAUGUAUCAAUGUCAGAUGGGUAAGCAAACUAUGGGAACACCAGCAACUGCUCUGCGAUACCGAACGGACAACAAGAUGUACCGGCUGCAAAGCGGCCAGACGCCCGUUGUGCGAUCGCCCCUGCACAACGCUUACGGAUUCGAUAACUUCCCCAACGGUUUCAACGCCGUUGUGGCGGUUAUUUCGUACACCGGUUACGACAUGGACGACGCUAUGAUUCUGAACAAGUCAGCACACGAAAGAGGAUUCGGUCACGGCACGAUUUACAAGACGAAGAAGAUCACUCUUAAAGACGAGUCGAGAACUCGAGCUGUCAAGAAUAUCUCGAAGCUGUUCGGAUUCGCCCCUGGUGGUUUUGUCAAGGGACACUACCGUGGUCAGCUUGACGAGGAUGGUCUGCCCUAUGUCGGCCGACUGGUUCAAGAAGGAGACGUUCUCUGCGCAUGGCAUACUGUAUCAGCCGAUUACAGCGGCAAGCUGAUCAACCUCGACGGCCAGACGCACUACGAGAAGUACAAGGAAUCCGAGACCGCCUUCGUUGAGGAGGUGCGUGUGAUUGGCAGUGAGACAGGUAACGAGCCUGCCCAGACAAUCUCCAUCAAACUCAGAGUUCCUCGAUCGCCUGUCAUUGGUGAUAAGUUCUCUUCUCGUCACGGACAGAAGGGUGUUGCUUCCCAGAAGUGGCCCGCCGUCGACAUGCCUUUCUCCGAGUCUGGUAUGCAGCCCGAUGUCAUCAUCAACCCGCACGCUUUCCCCUCCCGUAUGACCAUUGGUAUGUUCGUCGAGUCGCUUGCUGGAAAGGCGGGUGCUCUCCAUGGGCUGGCGCAAGAUUCGACGCCAUUCAAGUUUAACGAGGAGAACACUGCCGCCGACUACUUCGGCCACCAGCUGAUGAAGGCUGGAUACAACUACCACGGCAACGAGCCCAUGUAUUCUGGUAUUACUGGAGAGGAACUUGCGGCGGACAUCUACGUUGGUGUCGUUUACUAUCAGCGUCUGCGUCACAUGGUCAACGACAAGUACCAGGUGCGAACGACAGGACCAGUCGUUCCUACAACUGGGCAGCCCAUCAAGGGUAGAAAGCGUGGUGGUGGUAUUCGUGUGGGAGAGAUGGAGCGUGACGCGCUGCUCGCUCACGGCACGGCCUUCCUGCUGCAGGACCGUCUGCUUAACUGUUCCGAUUACACACGAUCCUGGAUCUGUCGAAGCUGUGGCUCAUUCCUCUCGGUUCAGCCGACGGUCUCGCCUUUCGUGGGCAAGAAGAAACAGGUCACAACAGUCCGCUGUAGAAACUGCGCAACCCGCAUUGAUGCCGGUGAUGCGGAAAGCGCUGCCAAGGUGGAGGGAGAGAUUUGGGAGGACGGACAGGGCAACCAGUGGGUUGGAGGCGAGAACACCACGGUUGUCGUCGUUCCAGGAGCGCUGAAGUUCCUGGAUGUGGAAUUGGCAGCCAUGGGUGUCAAGCUGAAGUACCGCGUCGACUCCCGCGAUGCGCCUCGCAAGGGCCCAUUGAAGCCCAUGUCAUCAUUACCUUAG